CAGCUUCUCAACCAUGAAGUGGAAGUAUUUAUACGGUUAUUUAUGCAAAUAAACUUGAUUAAUGGAAAAUUUUAACUGUGAAGCUUAAUGAAAGUUUAACAACAACAACAACGAUAAAAAAAAUUCACAAUCACACCCAAUUUACACCAGACCGUAGUGGCGCUGUUGUUAAACUGUAUAAAUAUAACAAACCUAUCUUCCGCCUUUGACGUACAUCAAUUAACUGUUAUGAGCGAGAAGUUUCUGUUCAUAUCGAUUCGUUAUGAUAAAUUUGAAUUGUUAAAUAAGAACAUCACCAGCCGUUCUUUGUGCACUUAUUUACUCUGAAUUUUCCAAAUAGUAGGCGUAUAUGUCGAAUAAUUGCUAUUAUAGGAGUGGUUGUGGUUUGGGGUGGAGGAAGUAUGGUCCCUUAACAUGGCCAAACAAGGUUAAGAACAUCCGCCUUAGAUGUUCCUUGGUGAAGAAACAAAAUGUCAGCCCAAAAAAACCCAGACACUGUUCGUGCCACCGAAACCCGAGAACGUGUUAACUGAAGGUCAGCAGAAGAGAAAGCACGAGCGCGAGCUGUUUCUAGGGUUUGCGUUUGGUUUACUACAAGUAUUGAUUCGGGAUGAACGCGACAUCAAUAAGAAAGGCGCUGAAGACUGGACCAGAGGACACGCACGUCAAAAAGACUUGAGUCGAGUAAUCGAGUUAAAGCUAACCGCAUUAGGUUGGCAUGCAGUCUUUAUAAAAUCAGCCCCGAGUGCACGCUCUCUCCAUCCUCUUUGUCAUUCAUGAAUCAAGGUCGUAUAACCACCUCCAUCUCCUCCACAGAAGGGAGAUGGAAGGGGCGGGGCAACUGCUUGGAGUUCAGGUCCCUGCUUUAUAGAACAUGUAAACGGUGUGUGUGGCUCAGAUUAAACCAAAUCAAGUUCACCUUGAAUACUAGAGAAAAGGGGGACAGGUCCUUAGACGCACCGAGCGUCUCAAACAUCUGGCCAGAUGAAAGGUCAAGGACCGUCCACAUUCACAUAUAAUGAUUUCACGCAUAACGAACAGUAUCUAAUUGUCCCACGUAGAAUCACCCGCACCUAAUAAAUAAUCCUGAUUAAUAGGAUUAACAUGGUUAAUGGUGCGAUGGUGAAACUUGUGUCAUUUUGGAAGCAUUGUACCUUAAAACACCUAAAUAUGCGAAUCAUGUUUGACUUUAUAGCACAUAUAUUUAGUUUAUGUAUUUUAUUUAGGCUAGUACAUGCCAGGUAUAGUUUAUAAAAUAACAGUGACGCAACGGGCACAAAUAGAAGUAAAUGUGAGGUAAAAUAUUACUGGUUAACACAAAAUUUAAAAAAAAUACUUUAGAAAAACAACACAUUUCUACGAAUAUGUAGUACUCUGGUAAUAAUUAUACCUUAAAUACACACUAAUGAUGACAAUUUGAAUUAAUUGGGCUUAUACAUUUUGUGUCUGGUAACGUUAUAUUCUUUUGUUGUUGAUUUUUUAGCGAAUUAGCCUAAGGGCUAGUUAUGCUAGCUGCUGUUUAAGUUUAUUUAAAUAAAAAAUAAAAUAAAAUUAAAAAAGUGCUUUACGAAGGCAACUGCUACAUAAAUCCCCGAAAGAGGUCGAUACGAUUCAAACUAAAAGCAAAAAGACGUGUUUGACAAAAAGAAACGUUUAAAGUAUAACGUUAGUUCUCUGCCUUAUGAAUAACGGUCUACAGCCGGGUUGCCAGAUUGGAUUCGCAUUCACACCCAAGUGACGGUUUGUUAAAUCCAUUCAAAUUCAUUAUAAAUUAAUGAUUAAAAAAAAAAUAAUUAAACAAAUAAUAAUUAGAGUCAUUAAUCUUUUUUCUACAAGUAUAACACAUUAUUACCAGGGACAAAUUCAUGGCAACUGAGUGGGAAUACUUUCAAUAUGAGCCGGGGGUUAAAAAGAAAAACCCCAAAUAAAAUGGUAAAAUAGCAGAGAGAAGGAAAACAGCAUGCAGGAGGGGGUGUGUGUGUGUGUGUGUGUGUGUGUGUGAGAGAGAGACCGGUGAUGUACUCUCCUCUCCUGCUGCUGAGGAGAACAUGGAUGCUGUGUGCGCGCGCUUUAAACCCGCAGCAUCGCUCAUACCGCGUGUUUUCACUGCGUUUGCGGUGUGUGCGCGCGUGUUUGUUCGUGCGUGUGUGUGUGUGUGUGUGUGGCUCUGCACCAGUCCGAGGUAGGCACUGGUGCUGAAGAGAACAGGACGCCUAGUCGAGCGCCCGUGUGAAUGGUGUCCAGGCAGACGGAUUGGUCAAGAUGGCGUCCACGGGCACGCAGAUCUUCGGCUUUGUGCUGGCUCUGCUCGGCAUCCUGGGCGCCACGGUCGCCACACUGCUGCCCAACUGGAAGGUGAGCGCAGACGUGGGUUCGAGCAUCAUCACGGUCAUCUCGCAGAUGCAGGGCCUGUGGAUGGACUGCACCUGGUACAGCACGGGGAUGUUCAGCUGCACGCUCAAGUACUCCAUACUGGCGCUGCCUGCGUACCUGCAGACGGCGCGCACCACCAUGGUGCUGUCCUGCGUCCUGGCCGCGCUCGGGCUCUGCCUGGCGUCGCUCGGGCUCAAAUGCACGCACUGGGGCGGCGGAAGGAGAGCGAAACGUCACGCCGCCCUAGCUGCCGGAGCCUGCUUCGUAGCCUCCGGGUUCUUGUGCCUGGUGCCUGCGUCGUGGUACACCAACGAGGUCAUCUCCAGCUUUUUGGAUGCCAGUGUACCCGAGAGCAACAAGUUUGAACCGGGCGGCGCGGUCUACGUCGCGUUCGUCUCGUCCGGUUUGCUUCUCGCCGGAGGCUUCAUCUUCUGCCUGUCGUGCUCGGGCAAGCGUCACGGCCCUCAGGAUCUGGUCCUGCUGCCUCCGGAUAAACUCUUACUCCAGCAGCAGCAGCAGCAGCUCCUCCAGCAGCAGCACUUAGACCAGCUCCAGCACCAGUACUGCACUCUCUCGCCUCUGGAUAAUAAGACGGGAUACAGCCUGCAGGACUACGUGUAACGCGAACGGCGGGAGAGCAGGACGAUGACUGUGACACACUCGUCCCAUCUUCCUCUUCUAGAAGCACAAAAUAGUGGAGGAAUUCCCAAAGUUUCAGAACGGACGAGUCGUGCGUAACCGAUGAGCGAUGUCGGAGCGAGCGGACGACAAAUAGAACGCAGACCUCCGCUAUCGGAGUGUAUUAGAAGGAUUCCCGGCGAGCGGAUUAGUCAGACAGAAAUAACUCCCCCACAUAUAACUACGGAUGCAUCGAUAACGUUAUUUUCAAUAUGACGAAAUGAGUAACCGACUUCAUGUUGAUCGGUCAAUCAAAAGGCGUCGAGGAACAUUUCCUUUUCUUCGGCGCCGUUUAUGCUUCCCUGCUACAAUCCGUUGCCAUAAAAACGUGUUCUUUGUAACAUUAGCCAGCUGAAGUGAAUUAGCAAGCUACCGUAGUUCGCGCUUUUGCACUAAAUAAAGUACGUUUGUGUCUGAAAUUCCUCGUAGUCAACGACUGAUCUUGCGUAAGAACAAUAUCCUGUUAUUUAUUUUCACGUACCUAGCGUUAUCUGUAGACGUUUUUUCCCCCUCGCCUGUUACCGCUGAACUCCUUGAGUUUCACGUUUAAGAUGUUUUACUCGUAUUGUACGAAGAUACCGUAGUACCUCCUCUUGAUAUUUGUCGUAUAUUUUCAGUAUGCAGGCCAUGUCGCUCGCGAUUCGUGCCAUCUGUCGUUACGUAGUGUCGCCUGGUAUCGGCGGGACAUUUUUAAUUUGUAUUUUGUUUUUUUUUUACGAAUACAAGCAAACGAGAACACGGUAUGGCGCCAAUAAGAGCAUAGCUAUCGAUGCAUCCCUAGUCAUAACCCCUUCCCCAAAGAUUAGAAAUGAAAAGCAAUCAGUUAGCUGCUAACGAUGUUUUCGUAACCUCUGCUCAAAGUAAGUCGGCAAUACGUCCCCUAAAGGCAAUAGCAUGGGAAAGCCUGUUGUUUUUUUCUUUUUACUCUCCGGCCCGGUCCGUUUGAGUAAUAGUAGAACUAAUGAAAUCUCUUGUCUUAUUUUGUUAGCUGAUAGAAUGAUUGAUAUGAUUGUUGCCUCAGCAUGCUGUUCGGAGCCUGUGCAUAAUGCAGCGGAAUGCCUGGUAGAGACUUGAGACAUAGCCACAUUGCCUGUGCCUAAAUGAGAAAAAAAAAAAAGAAAAAAAAUCUAGAACAUUAUAGCGAGCCGGUUGGGGUUUUUUUUUUUUUUUUUCGGGUGGGGAACGUGAUUAGAGAGCGAAUGGGGCUGCUGGGAAUGAUACCACACACACACACACACACACCACACACACACCAGCACAUCCAGAACAGAACAUGAUGUCUGUAUGUGAUGUGUUUUUUGGUUAAGCUUGCUCAGUGCAUGCUGUUUACUGCUUUAUCUCUCUCACACACACACACACACACACGCACGCACGCACACACACACACACACACACAAAGUGAGCUGCAUGGGUGCUUUUUUUUCUUUCCUCUUUUCAAACCCACGUCAAUAUUCACUGCUAUGGAAACCGAAUCCCGCACCCAAAUAUGUGUGUACGUGUUUGGAGGUCUGUGUGAGUCAGUGAGCUAGAGGGAAAAAGAGAGUGUGUGCGUGUGUGUUUGCUUUCGGCUCUUUAGAAGUCACCUCGGUUUCAUUCGGCGAUCCAAAGAACCCUCCAGAACACACUCGUGUGGGAGGAGCUAACCUGAACCCUGCACUAUUAUAUUAUACAUUAUAUUAUACAGAAUAUCGUAACGAGGCGGAAUUUUCAUAGCAGUGACGCCGAUAUUGACGCUGGCACCGACGCGUUCUCUCCCCCUUUAUCUUUCGGGCCGGUUCCCAUCAGCAGUGCAUCUGCCGUCAGAUUUGCACCAGCAGGAGAUCGCUCUUCAUCUCAAGCUCCAGUGAUUUCUCAGUGCCAUCCUCAUCCUCAUCCCAGUCCUCGUUCUCUCCAUGUCCGUAUGCAAAGGUGCAGAUAAUCGGCAGCAAGAACAUGGUAGCCAAAAUAACUCUUAGCACAGGUGUAGUCAAUGAAGAUUAGCAACCAAGAUCACUACAGUAACGUUACAGCUAAACCGUAAAUAUUGGCACCCCUGAAUAUGGAUACCGCUGCUACCUUGCGUAUGGAGAAAGAACCAUGUUUGGGGUUUUUUUUUUUGUCCCCAUCCAGUGCAUCAACGCUAUCACGCGCAUUAUUUCCUGGUGCGUUAACAUCCUAUAGGAGUGGCGUGUUUGCUUUCCGAGCCUUUUCUUCGGCGUAGACAUGCCUUCCUGCUCUGCUGAGACAAGGAAUUUAUUCCAUGUUGCUCUGAGCUUGGAAAGCAAGCCCUGGCGCUGAUGGAUGGCACAGCGCAUUCUUCCUCUCGAGCAGAUUCCCACAGGCGAGCAGAUGGCUCUGCCCAGCUUCUCCCUCUCGCAGGCAUCCGUGGGCGUGCUGAGUGGGCACGGAGAUGCCCUCCUGGGGCAGAUUACCCCACCCCUCAGCCCACUGUGCCAGCGCUCGCGCCAUAAUGACUAGCAUUACUCGAUGCAAUAAUUUUCUCCUCCUCAUGCCCUAUUGAUCUGUCCAUACACUGCCAUUGUUUCAGCUGUGAAUGUGCCAAAUCCAUGGUAUUUAUAUACACACACACACACACACACACACAUAUAUAUAAAAAUGUACUGUUAUGUGAUGUAACAGUUAUUUAACGUAUCCUCCAUCUUGUCAGGUUCAACACGGAGGAUUACAUAACUCCAACAAAGCAAUCAUUUCAUGUUCAUAAGCCAUUUCUAUUCAGCACUUCAGGAUAUAUAUAAUUUUUUAAAAAUAUUUCUCAUGCUUUGGGAUUCCUUUCUGCAAAGUUCUGUGAUGCAGUAUAUUAUCUACACUAUAUAUAUAUAUAUAUAUAUAUAUAUAUAUAUAUAUAUAUAUAUAUAUAUAUAUAUAUAUAUAUAUAUAUAUAUAUAUAUAUAUAAAUAAAACUUCUCGCCAGUUUGGCAGCUUGAUUGAUUUGAUCUGACCUUUUAUUGAAGAGAAUAUAUGUAUAUGCAGUUCUCAGUUUUAAAACCCAGGCAUGUUUAUAGUGAAUCUUCUUUAUAAGAAGACGACGCUUUUCCUUUUUAUUAUUAUUAUUAUUUAUUUUAUUUUUUUUUACACCUUUACUUGUGUAAGCCCAUAUUACUGCAGAUGUUUUGAUUAAAUAUAUUGCUAAAUAAAAAGCAGAUUAAACGUAAA